AUGCGCACCGAUAACAUCAGCUCUUACCGUCGCGACGAUCAGCCGAUCGCGACGCUAAGAGCCGCGGAGGCGUCGACCCCGACGCCCUCCAAGAUCAUACAAUCCCUCACCCGAGCCCACGCUCUAUUGAAAGCCAAUUAUAACUUUCAAGCUUUCAGGGCCGCCGUCGACAACUAUAAAAGCCCACCACGACGACGGCAGGACAAGACCGGGGACCGGCAACGGACCCGCAGACCACCACCCGACGCCGCCAUCUCUUUUUAUUUUAUAUUUCAUUUUAUGAUUUAA